CGGACAGUUUUCACUUUCAUUUUGACUACGUCGUUGGAGGUCAGAAGCGGCUUAAGAUUUGUUCGAUUCAAUCGGGAUUUUUGUGUGUCAAUUUAAAACGACCACAGCUGUUUUCAACCCUAAACGCAAUAACGUUGACUUCGAAGAGAACUCGUGUCCCAUUCAGCGAGCGUCUACUGUAUUUACAGUGAUGCAGAAACUGUCCCACCUCCUCUUCCCUCUGCUCUUGCUGUGCGUGGAUGUCUGCGUAGUGCGCGGCCUCCGCCUCCUGCAGCUCUCGGCGCCCUUCCCAUGCUCGGCGUUGGUCGCCAUGUGGGCAGGAGGGCUGACCAGGGCCAGCCUCCUCCUGCUUGUGUCCUGCGCUUCCUGUGGAGCAGGGCUCUUGUGGGUGAGCAGUCUGUUGGUGCAUUGCUUGCACUUCCCCGCGUACGUGGGCCUCCUCUCCGGGCUGGGGUGUUCCACCGAGGAUGAGGCGUGGGGAUGGCACUCCUGGGAGAGGUUGUUGCAGGGCUACGUGGUGACGGCGGUGGCGUGGGUCUACUGGAGUCAAUACGCUUCUUCGCUGUGGACGUCCAAGUGCGCAACAGAGAAGCCUAAAGAGGACAUUGUGUCAUCUCUGAGAAGAUUGACUGGAUUCAUGCAACCUUAUCUGGGCCGAUUUAUUUUCGUGCUGAUACUUGUGCUGCUCUCCGCCUAUGGAGAGAUGGCGGUCCCUCUGUACACGGGCCGCGUAACCGACUGGAUCACAAACCAAGAAUCGCCGGAUGCUUUCAACGAGGCCAUCAUGACCAUGGGGAUAUUGACUGCUGCCAGCGCGCUGCAGGAGUUUAUCGGUGACCUAUUGUACACAUCAACGAUGCUCCGCAUCCACACAGCAGUUCAGGGCGCCGUCUUCCAAGCGGUGUUGAAACAGGACAUCGCCUUCUUUGACACCACCACCACAGGAGAGCUGGUUUCUCACAUCAUCACUGACACCAACAACAUGAGCGAGGCGCUGAGUGAGAAACUCAGCCUGGUCAUGUGGUACACUGCCCGCUUCGCCUUCCUCCUGUAUUUCAUGGUGACGCAGUCGUGGAAGCUGACUCUGCUCUCCUGCAUGGGGCUGCCCAUUGUCUGGGUCAUACCCAAGUUCACCGGGGGCUUCAGUCAGACACUGUCGGUGAAGAUUCAAGCGUCGCUGGCUAAAGCCAACCAGGUGGCCACAGAAAGCUUCUCUUGCAUCAAGACCGUGAAGAGUUUUGCCAAUGAGGACGGCGAGACGGAGCGCUACAGGCGGGCCAUGGAGGACACAUACAACUUGCAUAAAAAAGAGGCGGCCCUUUAUGGAGUUACUACAUCUGCCAACAUUUUGAGCACUUUGGCCAUGAAAGUGAGCAUUCUCUACUACGGAGGGAUGCUUGUGACCAGGGGGACGGUGAGCAGUGGAGAGCUGGUCUCGUUUGUUCUCUACGAACUGCAGUUUGCCUCUGCUGUGGAGGCCUUCAUGCAUUCUUACCCAGAGGUGAGGAAGGCUGUGGGCGCCUCUGAAAAGAUCUUCGAAUAUCUGGAUCGGAGACCUCGAGUACCCCCAGAGGGAACCUUGGCCCCGGAGAAGCUCAAUGGACACGUUGAGUUCAGGAAUGUUACUUUUGCCUACUGGGGCAACUCGGAUGACGAAAGCCUUAUUCUCAAGAACGUUUCCCUGGAAAUAAAACCCAAACGGAUCACGGCACUUGUGGGGCUUAACAGAUCGGGGAAGUCCACCUGUGUCAAACUGCUGGAGAGGUUUUACCAUCCCCAAAGCGGUGAGAUCCUGCUGGACGGGCUGCCGUUGCAAAGUUAUCAAGACUUUUAUCUUCGGCAGCAGAUCUCAGUGGUGAGCCAGGAAUGUAUGUUGUUCCCUCGCCCCGUGUGGGAGAACAUCAAGUAUGGCUGCGAGGUUAGUGACGAGGACAUGCACCGAGCCGCCCGCCAGGCCGGCAUCCACUGCUUCAUCACAGGGCUAUCGAAGGGCUACGAUACAGAUGCUGGCGAGAAAGGAGCACAGUUCUCUGGAGGGCAGAUACAGCGUAUCGCCAUCGCCAGAGCCUUAAUUCGACGACCCAAGAUCUUGAUAUUGGACAACGCCACCAGCGACUUGGACACGGAAAACGAACAUCAGAUCCUCCAGACUUUGCUCAACCAAGGCAGCGAGUGCUCUGUGCUGCUCAUCUCCAACAAGAUGAGCGUCGCGAAGAAGGCCGACCACAUUGUGGUCCUCCAUGAAGGGAAGGUGGAGGCGGAGGGUUGCCAUGACGAACUGCUGCAAAGAUGUGGCCGUUAUGCGGAACUGGUGACAAAGGAGGCGCACUGCAGUUGAGCCGAGCUAAUAACGUUUGGGUCAACCAGUGCUUAUUGAUCAUGCUGAUGGUAACUUUUGAGAAAACACAUAAUCGACAAAAACAAAAACACACACUCCUAUGCUUAUGCUAUGCCUUACAGUAGCUCUCUGAAUGCUGCAUUAUUACGGGUCACAUUGUAACUGACCGUCACCAACCUGUUGAUCGAGAUUAAUCACUCGGCGUUAGGGACUCUUCUUGUCAGUCCGGAAAAUAUUGGAAAAAUGUAAUCUAUUAUUUUGACAUCAGCGCGGUCCCCACCCGAAGAGUGACCAUCCAACAGGCACGCAUUUUAACUCCUGAACACGCCUCGCAUCUCCUCAGCCUCACAUCUCACCUGUCUCGACACAACUGCCUUACCCCUAGGCACUGUUGCACACCACACUGACUCGUCUCGCAAUGUGCACGUCCAAAAAAAAAUAAUUAAUAAUCUGCGGUAAGGCAUUCAAAGGCUGAUUGUUGCCAUUGAGGACACCGAGGUCAUAUCCUCUGUAUUUAUUUAAGUGACCAAAAGAAGAUGAUAUGACUGACUGAUGAUAUACUUUGCAUAGGACAUCCUGUGCGCUGGGGUUGGUGCCAAUAUUUUGGUACCGGUACUUUUCAGAAUAAAGGGGACCAAAAAAUGGCAUUAUUGACUUUUUGUUUUGUUUUUAACAAAACAAAAAUCGUAUGAUACAUUUAGGGUGGUCCCAAUACUGGUAAUUUUGUACCGGUACCAAAUUUUACACUUUUCGAUCAUUUUAAAACAAAAAAUGGCAUUGUUGGCUUUCUAUUAACAAAAAGAUAAACAUAUGUUUCUUAUUGCAAUCUAAGAACAGUUUUGGCAUGAAAUAAGAUAGUGAACAUACUAGACAACGUCUCUUUUAGUGGACUGCGCGCUGUAGAUCAUCCUCUCUCAACAUGCAAUCUUUGGUCAUGCACAGCCACUCCAGACAACAUUCUAACACGAAAAAUCCCACUUUUAUUUGAAAAAUCAUCCGAUCCUAAAUGGGCUGUCAACAUAACGUUAAUGUUAUAUUAUGCUGACGUGACUAAAGUUGGUUUUACCUGAGUGAAUUUGAAUGUGAAACGCUGUCUGUAAAGUAUUGCUUUAUUAUUCAGGCUCGUUUACAAAUAUCAAGCCCUACAUGGAAAACAUGCAUUGUGUUUGGGCUUAGCGAUCUGUGGAGGAACCUGUUUUGCAUAAGGAAGCACAUGCCAUAUGUAAUUGAUUGAAUGACAAGGCGCUUCAUAAAGAAAUUUUACCCCAACCUUAUUUCUGGCCACGUCAUACCCUGUCACUGAUAAGACUAUGGAGCCCUACAUGGGCGAUGCAGAGCACUGCAAGAGCCCUAUUGUAAUUGCUUUCUUUUUACUUCUAUACGUUUGGACGUCUUCUCGAGGCCCUUAACCUGCACAAAAAGUCCCCGUAUUUUGAAGGCGUGUCAGGUAUGGCGCAAAUGUUUAUGUUUUUGGGGGCCUCAAAAAUGAAAUUUCGAAAUUGGCUGCUAUGAAAGGAGAACAAAUUAGCCCCGCUGAUCAGUUUCACAUUUCGAAAAGUAAGUCGGCAGUCGGCCAUCUUAGUCUUCGUCUUCCUUUUUUCUGCACAAAAAAAAUGGGUCGUACUUCAAACUCCUCCUAGGGACUUUGGCCAAAUGAGUCGCGGUUCAAAUUAAAGAUACUGCACAUAGAGGUGAUAAAUUUCAAACACAUUUUUCCUGCGACAUAAGAUGUGGGCGUGGUAUGGCGCAGAACUUUGUUCCGAUGGUUUUGGGCCUUUUUCAGCGAGAAAAAUAAAUAUCUCGUACUUAAACUCCUCCUAGGGACUCUGAUCAAUUGAGUCGCGGCUAAAAUUGCAAAUACUACACAUAUAGGUGAUGAUAAAUUGCAAACAAAUUGGGCCUAUCCAGCUCCACUCUGGUGGAAGGUUUGUUAGUUAACUUUUCAGAGAAACUGCAUUUUUCAAACUGAUGUCAACAUGUCCACUGUGGAGAAUACUUCUUCUCGGAAAGUAAAAGUUGACAGAUAGUAAAGUAAACAUGAUUGUUUUACACUGGAUGUUUUCAUCCUCACGUUAAAAUCACUCAAGUGUAAAUUGUUUUAAUUACUUGCUUGAAACAGUGGAUGCACAAUUAUUCACGCUUAAAAAUACAUUUUUGUAGUUAUACAUAUUAUUAAAACAUUUGAGCAUUAUAUCCGCAUUAAAUUUCAGUAAGUGUGUUUAUCUUAAACAUUCCUGGUACUUAUUUUAUACACUAUAAAAUGUUUAAGUUUUUGGGGGGGACAUAUACCACAAUAACAUCGUACCGUGAGAUUUUGAUACCGUUACAUCACUAAUAUAUAUAAUGUAUAAAUAUAUAUAAUAAAUAAAUAUAAUCACAGUUUGCGCAGGGGUAGAUCUUGGCUUGGGGACCACUGGUUUACAAGUUCCGUUCCUAUGACGAUGUUGCAAGUGGACUUUUAUUAGAACCAGUAACAAGAAACUUAAUUCCAAAAUUCAAUUAAAGCAGUAAAAAAGAUGCAAGUUAUUACUGUUGAUUUUAUUGGAACAAAUCACAUGUUCAAGGAUACCAUCUUUAUGCUUGAUGAUGGUUUCGGUCAUUGACAAUCUAAAACAACCAUGCUAAGUGGUGUGUCAUAAUUUGUUGCCCAGAUCAUGUUUUGUUUUGUUUUUGACUCCCUCAGUUCUGUUUUCAGCACCCUUGGGUUUGUGUGUUUUUGGUUACAAUGGGUGCUGAUUAGUAUCACCAGCCUCUGAUUAGUGUUUGGGACACUCACCUGCCCCCGGACACUAAUCAGAGAGCUACUUAUCCCUGUUUUUCAUCACAUUCAGGCUGGCUGUCUUCUUUGCCCAAUGCAACGGUUACGACAUUUACUUUUUUGAUUCCUGAACUAAGCUUUGCUAUUUGUUUGCCUGAUUCUAUAGCUUUCGCGGUACCUUUUUCCUUAGCUUCCCGUGCUAUCGGCACACUUCUCUUUUGUUUGUAUCCUGACUGAUUUAUGAACAAUAAAUAAUUUCCUUAGCUGCACAUUGCCUCCAGAGUUCCGUCUGCAUCCUGGGAGAACGAUCCGCGCAAUACCAUGUGACCACAUCGUAACAUGGCGGCUAAUUUCCUAUUCAAAGCAAUGCAAUACAAUGAGUUUUAUAUUAAAAAUAAAACGUUACCUGCUCAUUUCUCAACCUAUUUUCAUGCAUUUGCUUUAUAGUCAAUGUAAAAACACAAUUAUGUUUGUAAAAAAAAAAAAAAAUCUUUGCAAUGAAAGAUUACUCCCAGUGUCCUUAUUUUGCAUCGAUCACAAUGUGCUAACAUUCUUGCGACGAUCCAGCGACAUGGACCGGGUAUUCUGCUAAAUGGUGGUAUGCCUUUCUACACGAUGUCUAAUUCCACUUCUAUUGGAAUGGUUUUCGUUUUCUUUGCCACACUACCAGUACAGUUUGCCAUGAUGAAGGGCGAUGCUGGCAUAGGAGUGUCGCUAAGUGCGACUGCUUAUUCUUCCGCCACGCGCAGGCAACUAGUUUUUUUAACCAGACCGCUUAUUAUAAAACGUAAUCCGUGGGAGUGUGUCGUAAACACCAAAAGUAAAGCAAAGUCCGCCUAUACUGUAUUACACUUAAGUCUUCAUUUUGCUGCAGCGCAAUCACAAGCUUUGCUGCCCUUCAUAUCCUCUCACCUCAUCAACCCUCGUUAUCUUCCUUCUUUCUUGCUGCCAAGCAGAUUCCCAUUAAGCUAUUUUAAGUGGAAAACCUGACCCUUGUAAACAAAAAUGAACAGAACCGUACAAGUACUUUGCAGAAGAAAAGCGGCAUUGGUGCAAAAGCCUUUUUAAUUUGUGUAUUUCCCUGUGCAGCAAUGAAGGUAAUGAACUUGAAUCACACAGCUGUGAUAAUGAAGUGCAUACCUUUUGAUUUUUGCUAAUCUUUCCCAUUGUCUAUCAGUGUUGCAGGAUAGCAUCUGGUACAAUUUGAGGUACCUGACAAAAUGUGUUGGAUCUUUGUUCAAUCAAUCAAUGUUUAUUUAUAUAGCCCUAAAUCACUAGCGUCUCAAAAGGGCUGCACAAACCACAGCACAAACCACAACGAUCAACUGGUCUAAAAAGGGGGUGUAUUUAAAGGCUAAAAUAUACAAAUGAGGUUUAAGGUGAGACUUAAAUGCUUCUACUGAGGUAUGAUACAUCACAUGUGUUCAGUUUAUCAUGACAUGUUUGAAAAGGAGUGGAAAGAAGCAGAACCUAUUUAAUCCUACCCCUUUUCUAUGUUUGUGCACUUCCUGUUCUUUGAUCAUAACAAAUAAAUCAAUAAAUAAAAAAAUACAACAGUU